AUGGCUUUCCAAAUUCCCACUCCUUUUCUCCUCCUACUUUCCGCAGCCCUACAAAAUAUUGCGAUAGCCAAUAUCGCUCCUGAACAGCCUCUCCUCCGUUCUAGAGGGUCCUUUGCUGGCUUCGCAUUGCUCAACUUCCUGCUCUUUGCACUCUACAGAGUAUUUAUAUAUCCGAACUUCACCAGCCCAUUACGACACCUCCCGACACCAAAGGGCGCUCACCCAAUCUUCGGCCAUGUUGCUUCUCAAUUUAGCAUACCUCGGGGCGGUGACUACCUUAGGUUCACGAAGGAAAUCCACAACGACGGGCUUAUACGCCUUAAGGGCUUCCUAAACGCUGACCAGGUUCUGUUAACCAGCACCAAGGCGCUGGCCGAGGUCCUUGUCUCUAAGUCUUACGAGUUUACAAAACCAGAAAGAAGCCGGAACUAUCUAAGACAGAAUAUAGGUGAUGGGCUGGUUGUUGCUGAGGGCGAUCCUCAUAAGAGGCAGCGGAAGCAUAGCCUUCCGAGUUUUGGAUUUAGGCAGAUCAAAGGACUCUAUCCUCUGUUUUGGGAGAAGGCUGUUAAAAUGACGAGAAAAAUUGAGGAGUACAGUUUUGAUCAGUCGCAAGCCACGGGAAUCGCGGAUCUCGAUUACUGGGCGCCAAAAGCCGCAUUAGAUAUCAUAGGGGUCGCAGGUCUAGGAAGGGAUUUCAACACGCUGGAGAACUCCGGCGACAGAAUUGUCCAUCUCUACGAGGAACUGACAAGGAUCAGCCCAGAAUCGACGCGUCAUGCAAUGCUGUUCAUUAUUUUGGGCGAGACUGCGGCGAGUUUGCUCAUGCCCUAUACAUCGAAGCGCCUUAGGGAUACCACGAGAGAGCUGCGAUGCCUCUCCGAGGAAUUUGUUCGACGGAAGCGCGACCAAAUCAAGAAUCCCGACAGCAAGUCUGUGGAUACUCUUGCUUUGUUGAUGAAGGGAGAUGUCUUUUCUGAUCAAGAGCUGGUGGACCAGCUUUUGACCAUAAUUGCGGCUGGGAACCCUGCCAGGAGUGUUAACAAUGUCGACAGCCACGAAACGACGUCAUCAGCUUUCACUUGGUUGACCUACCUCCUCACACUCCAUCCAGACAUCCAAGCUCGCCUGCGCGCCGAGAUCCACGAAGCACUGCCUCUGGACUGGUCUGAAAACCCCACCGCCGACCUCGCCGCAAGACUCGAGUGCCUCCCGCUCCUUAACGGAGUGUGCAAUGAGGCACUUCGCGUGUACCCUACUGUGCCCCUCACAUCACGCGUCAGUAAAGUAGACAAUACUGUACUUGGUCAGCAUAUCAGAGCAGGCACAAGGCUCUUCAUAGUGCCGUGGGCGGUGAACAAUGACCCUGCGAUCUGGGGUGCUGACGUAGCGGAAUUUAAACCGGAGCGCUGGAUCGACAGGAAGACUGGGAGCCCUAAUCAGCACGGCGGCGCAGACACGAACUAUGCUGUCUUGACGUUCUUGCACGGGCCGCGAAGUUGCAUUGGGCAGGGUUUUGCGAAGGCCGAGUUGAGGUGUUUGGUGGCAGCGUUUGUUGGGGCGUUCGAAUUUGAAAUGGCAGACAAGACGGAGGAAGUGGUGCCCGCGGGUAUCAUUACAACCAAACCCAGAAAUGGACUGAAGCUAAGGUUGAGAAAGGCGAGGAACCUGGACGAUUGA